CCUCCGCGGUACCGCCCCUUCGAGCUGAGCAGCUCUGCGAUUGGCCGGCCGCGCGGACAGCUGCGUUGCGAUUGGUUCUCCGCGGCCAGGGGGCGGAGUCCGCGCGCCUAGGAGCUCCUGGACCGCCUCAAAAGAGCCCAAGCUAUUGCAGAGCGCACUGGAGCCCUGGCCCGCGCGCAAGCCUUUUUCUCCCGGCUUCUGCAAGCUGGGUCUUGGGAAUUCUGGGGUUCACCUUAAAGCUCCCUGGUUUGGGGACAAACGACUGGAUCUUAAGUGUCUCUGGAGCCAUCCCUUACUUCCAACUUCAUGUCCCCUAUGCUCCUGUGCCAGCAACAGGACAUGUUUUCUGGAUGUCAGCUGAGUUACUAAGGUAACUCUGCAUGUCCACUGACAGACCUUGGUAGCACAUCACGCCUGAGAGAGAAACCCUCUUCAUUUUAUUUUUUGCUCGUGUGUGUCCUCACCGAACAUUCAAAACUGUUUCUCCAAAGGGUUUUGCAAAAACUCAGACUGUUUUCCAAAGCAGAAACACUGGCGUCCUCCGCAGAAGCGAUGGGCAGCGUGCGGACCAACCGCUAUAGCAUCGUCUCUUCUGAAGAAGACGGCUUGAAGUUGGCCACCAUGGCAGUCGCCAAUGGCUUUGGGAAUGGGAAGAGCAAAGUCCACACUCGCCAACAGUGCAGGAGCCGCUUCGUAAAGAAAGAUGGCCACUGCAAUGUGCAGUUCAUCAACGUGGGGGAGAAGGGACAACGGUACCUUGCAGACAUCUUCACAACCUGCGUGGACAUCCGUUGGCGGUGGAUGCUGGUUAUCUUCUGCCUGGCGUUUGUGCUCUCAUGGCUGUUUUUUGGCUGCGUGUUUUGGUUAAUUGCUCUGCUCCACGGGGAUCUGGAUGCACCCAAGGAGAGCAAAGCUUGUGUGUCCGAGGUCAAUAGUUUCACAGCGGCCUUCCUCUUCUCCAUUGAGACCCAAACCACCAUUGGCUAUGGCUUCCGAUGUGUGACGGAUGAGUGUCCCAUUGCCGUCUUCAUGGUGGUGUUCCAGUCCAUUGUGGGCUGCAUCAUAGACGCCUUCAUCAUUGGCGCUGUCAUGGCCAAGAUGGCCAAGCCCAAGAAGAGAAAUGAGACUCUUGUCUUCAGUCACAACGCAGUCAUUGCCAUGCGGGAUGGCAAGCUGUGUUUAAUGUGGCGGGUGGGCAACCUCCGCAAGAGCCACUUGGUGGAAGCUCACGUCCGGGCACAGCUGCUCAAGUCCCGAAUCACUUCUGAAGGGGAGUACAUCCCCUUGGACCAAAUUGACAUCAAUGUUGGGUUUGACAGUGGAAUUGACCGCAUCUUCCUGGUGUCCCCAAUCACCAUAGUGCACGAAAUAGAUGAAGACAGCCCGUUGUAUGAUUUGAGUAAACAGGACAUCGAUAAUGCAGACUUUGAAAUUGUGGUCAUCUUGGAAGGCAUGGUGGAGGCCACCGCCAUGACCACACAAUGCCGCAGCUCAUACUUGGCCAACGAAAUCCUUUGGGGCCACCGCUAUGAGCCAGUACUCUUUGAAGAGAAACAUUACUACAAAGUAGACUAUUCCCGGUUCCACAAGACUUACGAGGUCCCCAACACACCCCUUUGUAGUGCCAGAGACUUAGCAGAGAAGAAAUAUAUCCUCUCCAAUGCUAAUUCAUUUUGCUAUGAAAAUGAAGUGGCCCUCACCAGCAAAGAGGAAGAUGACAGUGAAAAUGGAGUUCCAGAAAGUACCAGUACAGACUCACCCCCUGACUUAGAUCUACACAACCAGGCAAGUGUACCCCUAGAACCCCGGCCGUUGAGACGAGAGUCCGAGAUAUGACUGACUGAUUCCUUCUCUGGAAUAUUUGCUUUCAACACAGUCUGUUGGUCAACGGCCCAGAAUAGUUAUUCCGACGACUACAACUACGACGGUACUGGUGAAGAGGUGGGUCAAGACGCAUGACCACAGGGACUGAGGCAGGCACAAAGGUUGCAAAGAAAGACUGUAAGCUCGAAGAUGAGUGGAAAGCCCAGCACAAGCCUCCCUAGGACCCCAGGGUCCAGGGAGAUUGUAGAAUAAGUUAUGGGGUGUAUGUGUUUGUUUUGUGUUUUUACAAAACUUGAACUUGCAGGCAAGCCUUGGUGGAGUAUUUGAUUUAUCCAGAAUGCUUCUCUUUAGGGAACAAGAAUGUUUUUAAUGGCAUAACAAAGGCAAGACUCUGCCUUAAUUUUUUUGAAAAGCUGCUAACUACAUGAACACAAAUUGUAUUUUUGUCGCAGUGUAGUUUUUCUUUCUUGUAAUUUAAAAGUCAGUGUUGAACUUUGUUGAAUGCUCAUGUGAUGCGCUUCAAAGUGGCAAGUAUUUUGGCUAUUAGUUGCCAAAAAACGAGAGCCUGAUUUUUUGAGGCCAGUAAUUUGUUUGCUAGAAUUGAUUUCUCUCUCUCUCUCUUUCUCUGUCUCUCUCUCUCACACACUUUCUCUAGUUACAUAAGGGCAUUAUGUAACGCUAGCCAAAUGGUAGCCUCUAGGUUAUUUUUUUUAACUCCCUACAUAGUAUCAAUGGGUUAUCUCAAAUUUUAAACUAGACUACCUAAAAUAAAUACCAAAGAUAAUGCACAUUUUUGCACAGUGAAGCUUGUUAAAAAAGGAAUGAAAAGGGAAAGAAGUCCCCACCACUGCCUAAAUAACCGAACCUUGGCAAGAUCUGGAACUGUUCCUUCCUUUUGUACCUUACUCAGAAACCAGAUAGUACACACAGAGUUAGUAGCAGAGUGUUUUGCAAAUGCAGCUCUUCCAUGUAACUUUUGUAUUAUAGGAAGUGAAAUUUGCAGACACACACACCCCAUCUUUUUUUGCUAUGCGAGGGUGGCCAGGCUAACACACAAAAAUAGAGGGAAUGAUGUGCUCUUAGAAUUUUCUGGGGUUUCCCUUUUAUGACACAUUCCAACAUUAAAACUGAGCUAUGUAACAUAAUACAUACAAAAAGGUGCAGAUUCUUGAGGAUGAAUCUGUGACGCUGAUUGUUGGGACAUUUCCUGCUUGAUUUUGUCAAAGAGACCAAUCCAUGUCUGCACCCAGGUCUGGGUUACAUGUCUGGAUUGGUUUCUCUAAAGUGAGACUUGGUUUUAUGCAAGAGGACUACACACACAAAAGUGAAAAAUUAUAGGGGCAGAUGUAAGUGCUCUACUUUGAUGUGGCCCAUCAGCUCAAGUUUUCAGGGGGACAUUUUUUUUUUCCACAGUUGAGGAUAAAAUGGAAACAAUUCAAGUAGUUGGCUCAACUGGGGUGAUCUAGAAAUGACCUAAUCACAGGGAACAGCCAUAGGACCUACAAUGAGGACUGUUAUGUGUCAGCAAAUUCAUGGUGUGGUCUUAGCUGGUCUCUAUAACUUCUGGAUUGCAGGUUACGAAGUACCCAUUUCCAGAAACUUCUCCUCUGCAUGGCUGCCCAACUAGCUAGAAACCUUUUUUCUUUAGGGGACAUGUUCCAUUCUAACUCAAUAACAGAACUGCUUUUUGGAUCCCUGUUUGUGAACUCUGGGGUUACUGACUUUUCUUUUGAAUUGGAAUCUCAAAAUCAACUCUGAUGGUAUUAUAUCCCAGUAUGCCAUUAAAAAACAACUUGUUCUAGAAUCCUGUAUUUUGUCAUUGAAUGUGUAUGAAGAUCUCUGGUUCUUAACCAGCCGGAUUGGAAGGUGCAUGGUGCCUGCAAAUUAGAGUAUCGAUUUUGCUGUUCUCAGCCUGCAAAGUCUUGGGAUAAUUUGAAAUCCAAAUUUGAUGGCAGGUUUAGGAAGUUGCUUCGAGAUGUGGAGAAAUGGGGCUGGAGUUGGAUGAGUGAAUUUACAUAAGAGGCGAUGUUUAAGCCAUGGGCAGUGAGAGGGCUGGUGAGGGUUUCAGCUGCUGCUAUUUUGUCAUUUUGCAAAGGAAAAUAAUCAAACCAAAGAGUAUUCAGUGAUAUGUCAAUUAAAUGAAGAUCCAGUGCGGGAAGAGGGGUGAGCAUGAGCUCGGAGAGGAUUUCCCCUCAAUGCACCGAGCUGCCACCCAAAAUGAAUUCAAAUAUUUCAAAGGGGGUGGAUCAAGGGGGAAUGUUGGAAGGGAAAUCUUUAAAAUUCUUGCUGAAAAAGAGAAAAAUAAAAUAAAAUUUCUGGUGCACAGGUUUGUUUUUUCUUUUUUUUUUUUCAAGAAAAUUUUGCAGAAGCUAUGUUUUUAAAGUGUACAUUUUAUAAAGUUUAUCAAAUAUUUUCAUAUUUAAAGCCAAAUGUAAAUAGAACUCUGUCAAGGGAAAAAAAAUUGCCAUAGAAAGUAUCAUUUCAGUACAGCAAUUUCUAAGAGCUAGUACCUAUAUGCUACCGGUUAGCAUGGUUUUAGCACCUACUUAUCAGCCUCCUAAGGCUUGUAUUGCUGUGUUCUUGUUAUUUAUUUCAGCAUGGACUGUUCAUUUGAAAGCUUUUUUCUAGCUAUUAGUAUUUUAACAAUUAGGAGCUUUAAAUGGCAAUUUUUUUGUCAAGAGCCAAGACAUAGGUAAUGCACAAGAUUUUGCUGCAUUUUACCUUAAAUACGUUUGUCCUUACUGACUGGGUCUCCUUACAUUAGUACACAAGUCAUUAGAACACGGAUUGAAGAGACUCACCAUAAAUAACCUGGGGUUUAUUCCUAAUAUGUGUUGCUUCUCUAUUGCAAGCAAAAUUCCCAUUGAAUUUACUUAGGAAUUAUCCUGCUAAAGAAGUUUUGCCCAUAUCUGGAUGGGCAGUAUAUUUUGGGGAGGAGAUUAUAUAUUCCUGGUUAUGCUAUUUUUUUUAAAGGUAGACAAAGUGAAUUCUAUUUUGAUUAUAGAGAAAGGAAUAGUUUUCUAUCCCUCUUAGUGUAUACUUGAAUCUGACAUUUAAAGGAUGUCAUCCUAGCUAGCACUGUAGUCAUUUCCAAAUUCUGGACAAAAGUUUGUUUUAUUAUUAUUUUUCAAAAUUCUAGUAAGGCAUUUUUCUUCCCCUUGAACUUCCUUCUUCCCAAGAAACUUCUACUCUAAACCUUGCUGUUUUUUUGAUGAACUCCAACCCCCAAAUCUUGUUACCCAUACAAAUAAUAAUAUCAGUCCUUAUUUUAUUAUGUCACACCAUAAAGACAAAAUAUUUGUUUGGAAAAGUAGAGUGAGUUCUUUUUCACUCUGUGUUUAAUAUUAGGAAGGUGAGAUAAAAACAAACAAAUAAACAAGUGUUGUAUAGUCACCUCCUCAUUCCCAACUACAAUCUCUUUUCUAGGGAUACUGGGGUUCAGCUCUGGAUUCUGGAGAGUUGAACGAUUCUGGCCUUUGACAAUCAUGCUAGUUAUUAUUUUCCCAUUUGCUGUCUUUUUUGUAUCUAAAGUCUUCCUAUUGUACUGCACAAACCAUGGAUUGUACAUAUUUUUAUAUAUUAUGUCUUAUUUUAUUAUUUCUAAAUAAAAAUUAAAAAUUCAAACCAAA